AUAAACGCUGAAUAUUGUUUAACUCAGUGGCACGUAGUAGUAAUGUGGUCGUACUUGUGAUAUACCGGAGCGUUACAGUUUAUAUCAGUUUAGUGUGUUGUAAUUGACAUUAAAACAUGUAAUUGCAGGUGUCAUUCGCUCCUAGUGGUUAAUUUAAAGUAGUCGACGAAGAUAAAUAGUGACGUUCGAAGUUUCCCCACGGAUGAAACGGGCGCUAGGCUGGGAAAACGGCAGUGUUUAUCAGCAUCGGAGAGACGUCUUCUGGAUCUGUACGACUUGUGGAAGAUGACCAGUAAUUUGAUCUGCCUUGUGUGGAUGAACAGGAGCUCGGUGCUAACAUUUUUAAGAUUUUUAGGUUAACUGUUGAACGCAAACCUGCUCGCUAAUGUUAGUUAGCUUAAUGAUCCCUUUUAAUUUGCCUGUAUUUUAGCAAAGCGGUGACCCACUGAGCUCAUGUUAUUGUUAGCAUGUUUGCGCAGAGCUGCCAUGGUAUGCAGCCAUGACGCUAGGUGUAGCCGCAGGGUUAUGUCACGGUCAGGCUAACGCAGUGUUCUGCAGUUGAUCCAGGCUUCGCAGAGUCAUGUCUCCCCGGCUUCCCAUCAUGUAGACAAUCCACCGGGACAAGUCAGGUGACCGGGCACAGAGCUAGUUAGUGAGCAGUCGUUCAAUCGGGUCACAGACAAGCAGACAACUGGCACUGACACAGUUAAGCUAAGGAUUGAUGCUACCCAUCAACGCCGUUUGAUCGGUAGUGAUACUACAAACGUUCCAGGCUUCUCGCGGGGCACUUGAAUGCAUCAUCUCCGGCCUCCAGCUCCUUUUUUUUUUUUACCUUAUGGGAACAUCAGAGGAACCUGACAUGAAAUAACUGAAACUAAAACAACAUCAGCUCGGAGCGGAUCUGUCCCCCUCUGAAGAGGACAGCAGGGUUUUGAGGCAUCUGAGUUGAUCUACUUUCCCCCUUCACAAUGGAGACUGUGGGAGAUUUUGAGUACAGCAGGAAGGACUUGGUAGGACAUGGAGCGUUCGCAGUGGUGUUCAAGGGAAGACACAGAAAGAAAACAGAGUGGGAAGUCGCCAUUAAGAGCAUCAAUAAGAAGAACCUCUCAAAGUCCCAGAUCCUGCUUGGCAAGGAGAUCAAAAUCCUGAAGGAACUGCAACAUGAAAACAUUGUGGCUCUUUAUGAUGUUCAAGUAAGUGAAAAAAGCAGUGUGGACUUGGAGGCUAUGUCUGAAUGUUGUGUCCAUUUUAAAUUGACCGGUAUAAUCAAUCAAUCAAUCAAUCAAUAAAUCAAUCAAUCAAUC